AUGGAUGCCAAGGACAUCUUGGGUCUGCCCAAAACCUCGCAUCCCUUAUCGCAGGAGAAGAGGUCCCGACCUCCCAAGGAGUCUCAGCGCAAACCUGAUGGCAUUUCUCGCGAGGUAGAUUCUCUAAUCUCAGCCGAUUUUGUUAAAUUAUGGCCCGAUGACUUAUGUUUUCCCUUGUCGAAUUUCAAGGUCUAUGCCCUAAUUGGCGGUGUGCCACCUCUUAUGCCGGCAAUCGAGCCGUCGCAGCUAAAAAAACGCCCCCCAACCGCUGAGAAGCAGGUUAGAGUUGUCAAUGGUACGCCGCCUACUGGUGACUACUCGUUUGCCAAGUAUAACAAGUCUGUAGAUGUUAUUAAAUACACUGACGAGGAGUAUGAUAAGUAUUUGACUGAUCCUAUGUGGACAAAAGAGGAAACAGAUCAGUUGUUUGACUUGUGUGAAAGGUUUGAUCUCCGGUUCAUUGUCAUAGCAGACAGGUUCCCAUCAUCUCGUACUGUGGAGGAAUUAAAGGAUCGAUAUUACAGUGUAUCUCGACAUAUAUUGAUUGCUCGAGCAGCAUCGCUUGCAGAUGUAUCUGGGCACCCUCUUGUUAAGGAACCGUACAAAGUUACGCAAGAGAAGGAGCGCAAGAGAGCACUGUCAAUGGUCCUUUCCCAAACAAAGAAUCAAGAGCGAAAAGAUGCAGAGGUUCUUUCUGAAGCGAAGAGAAUAGCUGAGUCACGUGCACGCAUGGUUGCAAGGAGUGCUAGAGAGUUGGAAUUGCCUAUGGCAUUCGGGGGUCGUGAAAAUGAUGAAAGUAUAUCGCCAUUAUCCAGCACCGCAGCACCAUCAACUUUGAUGGCAGAUAACUCUUCCACUCUAAGCACGCUUCGCUUGCUUCGAGUGUAUCUUAGAACAUAUGCGCUUGACCAGAUGAUUGCUAAUGCAAGCUCUUCUGCUGGACUUCGGACUAUCAAGCGUGUUGACCAAAGUUUGCAAGAACUUGGGGUUAAUUUAAAACCAAGAGUUCCAACCAAAGCUGUUUGUUCAGAGCAUCUUGAAUUAAGAAAAGAAAUACUGACUCUACUGAAUCUUCAGAAAGAGUUGCAAUAUAAGGAGGCAGAUGGUUCAUCUUAUCGUGACAGUACUUAUGAAGCACCAGGCACACCCAAGGAUCGCACGUUUGUUCCCGACUCAAUGAUGUUUGGAGGUGAAAGAGUUGGUAAACGAGAUCAUAAGCGUAAGGGACCUGGUAGGGUAUCAGAAGCUCCUUCAUCACCUGCGCAGUCUAAAAGGCCAAGAAAGUUAAAGGCACCGGAUCUUCAGAUGCGAGCCCUCAUUGCUCCAGGUUCUUUCUUUCUUCACAAUUUCCCCAACAAUGCCCAGUGGAAGCAGCCUUUACUUAUCAGGCGUAGGCCUUCCUGCUGCAUCAAGAAGCAAGGCACACCAUCAACCAGAAGCAGCAGCAGGAGCCUCAGAUUCACCUGGCCAUCCCUCUCAUUUUCACUCUUCGGUUCCGGUUUCAUCCUUGGUCCUCUGAUUGAUGGAAUACACUCUAGGGUAGAACUUGUGGUGUACCAAAAUGGAUCAGUUGAUUUUGGUCCUCUUCACACAAACGUCUGGGUUCCUUUCUUACUUGGUCUGUUCUACUGCACCGUCGGGUUGCUUCAACUCUUUUUGGAUGAAAGGGCCUCCUUAAAGAUUCCAGAGGGAAACCAACAGAAAAUGAUUGCUUCUUUGUUCGCACUAGUGCUAUUUAUAGAGUUGAGCGCCGAGAUGUACAAAGCAGGCGUUGCAGACAAUGCAGAAGCAUACAUACUAUUCGCAGCGGCAGAGUUUAUAUGGCUUUCUGUGGAUCGGACAUGGUUCGGCUUCCUCCUUGCAAGCAUAGUUGGUCUGGUCUGCCCAUUGGCCGAGACACCCUUAAUGAAGUUCUUCCACCUUUGGUACUAUCCACGGGCAAAUGUUGAAUUCUUUGGCCAGGGCCUCGUGACUUGGACACUCACUUGCUACUUUGUUUACACGCUGUUUCUGAUCAAUUAUUCACGCUGGCUGAAGUCAGUGAUCACUUUUACCAAUUCAGAGGAUAAGUCCUCUUAGAAG